AUGGAACCCCAGCAUGCCAAUCUUCAACCGGAGGAAAAGGAUAAAGAUAUUAUCGAAGAACGCGAAGAACACGAACCUUUUGAUGGACAGUUAUGGGAGAGAGCAAAAGCGUUGGCGGUUAAGGAGGAAGAAUUAGUGGAACAGAUUGCUGCGCUGAGGAGAAAUGUGCCAGCGAUGGUGGGGAGAGGGAAGGAAAGUGGAAGAAGGGGUCGAGGAGGAAGAGAGGGGGAAGAUUGA